UCUUCCACAUAUACAUCUUAUUUCUAGGCACAAGAAACUCCAAGAGCUAGGAUCUUGACAAAUAUAUACAAAGAGUUGAAAAAUUCAGAGCUUUGAUCUGAUCUCAUUAAAUUUGGAACCUAAUCAUUUGUAUAAGGUUUCAAGGUGGUAUAGGUUCACCUUCUCAACCAAACCCAUAAAGAGCCAAAACUUAUUUUCAUCAUUCUUCUGCAAAGACUUAUGGCUCCAAAAGGAAUCUGAUAUAGUUGUUUAUAUUCAUGAGUUAUAUGAAACUCAUGUAGCAAAAGGGAAGAUAUAGAAACACAAAUGUUCUAAGAAGAUUUUGUUAUUCCUUCUCCCAACUCAAGUUAAAACAAGAUCUGCAACCACAAUCUCGGCUGCGACAUCAAAGUUUUUUGUGUCUAUACGACCGCAACUAGCCCCAAAUUAAGGUUGCGUUAGUCACAUCUGACUGACUGCGAUUCUAUGCAAUAACAAGAAUCGCGACGUCAGGUUUGUUGCCAAAACUUGGUUGGGGAAGAAUUUUCAUUGAGUUUCCUUGAAAGCCAAGUUUGUGCUAAGGAAAUUUGCCCUUUCACUAAUGAGUAGUGAAAUUACUAUGUCAUGAAAGCUUCAAUGGGUUUGGUUCAAAGAUGGGUUUCAAUGAAAACCAUUCAAGAUUUCAGCAAUAGAGACAAAAGAAUUAGCUUUUUAAGGUAAUAUAUAAGUUUCAUGGAUCACCAAAAAUGGUGGCAAGUUAAAUCUUUGUUUGUCUCUUUAAUGUUUCUAUCAUCUUUGGUUAAAGGGUCAAAAUCAUAUGAAGACCAUGAAUCAUUAGAAAACUUUCUUUGCAAGCAAGUGAACAAAGAGAUAGUAAAGCCAAGAACAGGUGUUUUCUACAACAUUUCACUUCCUUCUAACUACACAGGCAUUAAAGUUAGAGUUGUUCGACUGCGAGCCGCGUCUUUCUUUGUAAGAGGAGUGAGUUUUAGUCUCUUCAAUAUUCCACCACAUGUCGUUCCACAACCAAAUAGGAAGAGAAUGACUAUACUAUAUGAAAAUUUGGGGAAUUGGUCUUCUCAUUACUACAAUGUACCUAACUACAAAAUGUUGACACCAGUUUUUGGUUUUACAGCUUAUACUUCCUCAGAAAGUGCAUUCCUAGAUGAUAAUGAGAAGAUGAACUUUAUUAUUGAAGGGAAUCCAAUCAAAAUUAGAUUUUCUCAUGUUGGGUUGCAUGCAAAAAAUGAUACACCAAUUUGUGUUAAGUUUAGUGAUGAUGGGUCAGUUGAAUUCAAAAACAUGACUAAGCCUUAUGUUUGUGAAGCAUAUAGCACAGGACACUAUACUCUUGUGGUUCCAUCUCAUAAAGAAAAGAGUGAAAACCAGAGAUUUAACAAAGGGUUGGUGUUAGGAUUUGUUAUAGGUUUUGUUGGGUUGGUGGUGUUGGUUUUGGUGUUGGUAGCUUUAGUUAAGGCUGCUGACAGGAAGAGGAUAAGAAAAUUUGAGAGAAAUUCAGAAGGUGGUGAGCCUUUUGAUACAUUUUGGAUUGGUGAAACUAAAUUACCAUUGGCUUCAAUGAUUAGAACUCAACCAGUUCUUGAGAAUGAUGAUUUUGCUCAUUAUUAAUAUUAUAAUAGUUGGUGGUUUUGAUCAAUUUGUCUUUUUGUUUUUUGUAUUAUUGAGUUCAUGCAAAUGAAUCAGGACUUUAAUGAUGUUUGUUUUGAACUUGUGACCCUUGUCAUGAAAAACAAAAUCAUUUAAGUACAGCAGAAAACAAAUUUGACUCUACAUUUAUGAUAUAAAAAUAGCUGUAUAUUUAUCAUCAAGUUUCUCAAUGGCACUUUGAUGUCCUCAUGCCCCCAUCCCCAUUUUAUUCUUCUCUUUUGUCCAUUACUGUGCACUAGCUGUGCAAGUUGGUUAAUAAAAACAAAAACAGUGUGGUUGUUGUGU